AUGGAUUUUGCGUCGCAGCGCGCGGGCCGCUCGUUCGGCGGCUAUGCCGAGUUGCACCGCUGGUCGGUCGACGACCGCGAGGGGUUCUGGUCGGCGGUCUGGGACGAUGCCGGCGUCAUCGGCGACAAGGGCGCCACCGUGCUGGCCGAUGGAGACCGGAUGCCGGGCGCGGAUUUCUUCCCCGAUGCGAAGCUGAAUUUUGCGGAGAACCUGCUGCGGCAAACGGGUCCGGGCGAAGCCAUCGUUUUCCAGGGCGAAGACAAGGUUACAAGGCGGCUGAGCUGGGACGAUCUGCAUGCGCUGGUCUCGCGGCUGCAACAGGCGAUGGUCGCAAACGGCGUGAAGGCCGGGGACCGGGUGGCGGCGAUGAUCCCGAACAUGCCCGAAGCGGUCGCGGGCAUGUUGGCGGCCAGUUCGAUCGGCGCGAUCUGGUCGUCCUGCUCGCCCGAUUUCGGGCCCAAGGGCGUGCUCGAUCGGUUUUCGCAGAUCGAGCCGGUCAUGUUCAUCGCCUGCGACGGCUAUUGGUACAAUGGCAAGCCCAACGACAUUGGCGGCAAGCUGGCCGAGAUCGUGCCGCACCUGCCCUCGGUCAGGAACGUGCUCAUCGUCGAUUAUCUGGGCGCGGCGGAGCGGACCGCCCAGGCAACGCCGAAAGCCUGCUCGCUGGACGCCGCCAUUGCCGACUUCGAAGCCCGCCCGGUGGCGUUCGAGCGGCUUCCCUUUUCCCAUCCGCUCUACAUUCUCUAUUCGUCCGGCACGACCGGCAUUCCCAAAUGCAUCGUCCAUUCCGCCGGCGGCACGCUGCUGCAGCAUCUCAAGGAGCAUCGCUACCAUGCCGGCAUCAAGGCCGGCGACCGCGUCUUCUAUUUCACCACCUGCGGCUGGAUGAUGUGGAAUUGGCUGGUGACUGCGCUCGCCUCGCGGGCGACGCUGCUGCUGUUCGACGGCUCGCCCUUUGCGCCCGACGGCAACGUGCUGUUCGAUUUUGCCGACCGCGAGAAGAUGACCUACUUCGGAACGUCGGCGAAAUAUAUCGACGCGGUGCGCAAGGCCGGCCUCCGGCCGAUCGACACGCACGAUCUGUCUACGGUGCGGGUGAUCUCGUCCACCGGCUCGCCGCUGUCGCCGGAAUGCUUCCAGUUCGUCUAUGACGGCAUCAAGUCGGACGUCCAUCUCGCCUCGAUUUCCGGCGGCACCGACAUCGUCUCCUGCUUCGUGCUCGGCGUUCCGGGCGAGCCGGUUCAUGUCGGCGAAAUCCAGGGGCCGGGGCUCGGCAUGGCCGUCGAGGUCUGGGACGAUGACGGCAAGCCGGUCCAAUGCGAAAAGGGCGAACUGGUCUGCACCAAACCGUUCCCCUCAAUGCCGGUCGGCUUCUGGAACGACCCGGACGGCGAAAAGUACCGUGCCGCCUAUUUCGAGCGCUUCGACAAUGUCUGGUGCCAUGGCGAUUUCGCCGAGAUCACCGGUCAUGGCGGCCUGAUCAUCCAUGGCCGGUCGGAUGCGACGCUCAAUCCCGGCGGCGUCCGGAUCGGUACGGCCGAAAUCUACAACCAGGUCGAGCAGAUGCCCGAAGUGCUCGAGGCGAUCUGCAUCGGCCAGGAGUGGGACAAUGAUGUGCGCGUGGUGCUGUUUGUGCGCCUUGCCGAAGGCGCAGCCUUCACCGACGAGCUAGUCAAGGCGAUCAAGGCCAAGGUGCGCACCGGCGCUUCGCCGCGCCACGUUCCGGCUGUGGUCCUGCCGGUCGAUGACAUUCCGCGCACCAAAUCGGGCAAGAUCGUCGAACUGGCCGUGCGCGAGGUGGUCCAUGGCCGGCCGGUCAAGAACCAGGAAGCGCUCGCCAAUCCCGAAGCGCUGGCGCAUUUCGCCGACCGGGCCGAAUUGCUGCCGUGA